AACGCUACCUCUCCUCUGCCGCGCGCCGCUGGUAUUUAGAGGCGCCCUCGGCCUCCCACUCCCCAACUCCCCUCUGCCCUCGCGCUCGGCGUCGUUGCGUGUUGGCACGCUCGCUCGCUACUACCUCGCCCAACUUUCCUCUGGCUUCUCCACUCUUCACUCCACCCUGCUCCACCUGCAUUCCGUCCACAUCCUUCCCAGUGCUCUUCUUCUCUCAGGCAUGUCGAAGAAAAUUGUGGUGAGGCUGGAGUUGCAUGACAACAAGGACAAGCAGAAGGCCAUCAAGGCCGUCUCCGUGCUCGUCGGCAUCGACGCCAUCUCGGUGGACAUGGCGGCGCGCAAGAUGACGGUGAUCGGCACGGUGGACCCGGUGGACGUGGUGAGCAAGCUGCGCAAGUCAUGGGCCGCGCACAUCGACUCCAUCGGCCCGGCCAAGGAGCCGGAGAAGAAGGAGGAGAAGAAGGAGGAGAAGAAGGAAGGCGAGGGCAAGAAGGAAGAGGGGGACGGGAAGAAGGAAGGGGACGGGAAGAAGGAAGGCGACGGCAAGAAGGAGGAGGGCGGGGACGGCAAGAAGGACGGCGACGGGAAGAAGGAGGACGGCGGCGAGGGCAAGAAGGAAGGCGACGGCGACGGCAAGAAGGAAGGCGAUGGCAAGAAGGAGGAAGGCGGCGGCGGCGGCGAGAAGAAGCCGACACCGCUGCCGAUCCCGUGGCACCACCUGCCGCCGCAGUACAUGAACAUGGUCACGGCAGACUACAUGAACCAGUACCGCCCACCACCGCCACCGCCGCCGGCGUACUACAACCCGUACGCGCCGGCGCCCUACUACUACGUGCGGAACAUGAGCAUGGAGGAGAACCCCAACUCCUGCGCCAUCUGCUGAAACGAAUUGGAGCAAUCGAUCGCCGGCCGCUUUCGUUCUCGCGGUGCAUGAGAUCGAGGUAGGCGAACCAACGUACGUACGUGUCCCAUCCCAUCCAUCACCCAUGUGUACAUCCGUCGUCGUCAUCGUAUUAUAUUAUGAGAUGAUGAGAAGACAAACAAAUCAAAAACCUAGUUUUGCCAGCCGAAACUAGCAGUUAAAUCGUACUGCGACCAAUGUAAAUCUGUAGCUGAGUUUUUAAAUUUGUAACCGAAUUUUGUGGUGAUGCUACGUUCUGCUUGUGACGUGCAUCCGCACCAUCUUUUUCUUUUUCUUUCAAAGCGACGGGAUCAACGAGAGGCAGGAGAAAGAACAAAGAAAGAAAGGAGAGUGUGAUGGGUUAAAGGACAGUCUUGGAGAGAGGAAUAUGCGUGCGGUGCUUGAUAGGUGGGCGGUCAUGCCACUCACUGAUGAACGCAGCAGCAUGUGGGGGCUGUUCAAACUCUGCUUUCUAUAGCCAAGAGUCAGGAUCAUUGGCUUGGCGCCACAAAUAAUGGUAUAAAAGAGAUCUUGGCAUCUUGUUUUGCCAGGCUCUCGUAGCUAGCUAGAUGCAUGUGUCUUGUACAGGAUGUUCUUGGAAGCAUUUCAUGAUUUUGGGCCGUCUUA